AUGAUUAGACGGUUCACCACAUCGCUAAGGAAGUUCAAUGACUUUGAGACUGCUGCCAAGAACUUAAGAGCUCAAAUACAGCAGUUGGAGAAGGAAAUCAUGGGUGAGACCAAUAUAAGGUCAAACCUUUCUACCAUGACUUCAUUCCCAACACCUACUAAACAGAAAGUAAGAGUUGAUGAUUUACCUACUCUUUUCGAAGAAACCAUCAAAACAACAGGACCAAUACCUUUGCUGACUUAUAUGCGUCAAUGUUUGACUCAUCCGCAGUUUGGGUAUUAUACAACAAGAAAUCCAUUAGAUUUAAGAACUGGUGAUUUCGUUACUUCACCUGAAAUAUCCAGUGUUUUCGGAGAAAUGAUUGGUAUUUAUUACUUUCAAUUAUGGAAGAGUCAGGGAUGUCCUUCGAGUAUAAAUUUUGUGGAAUUCGGACCAGGAAAGGGGACUUUAAUGAAUGAUGUUGUCAGAGUAUUUCAUAAACUCAGUAAAAUGAAACUGAACAUUGUGAUGAUUGAAACUUCUAGAGUGUUAAGAAGGAUUCAGCAUGAUUUAUUGAGUAAUUCAGAAUACGUUGAGGGCGAAAAUGGUAAAGCUGAUGUGUCAAAAACUGCUUAUGGUGAUAUUUAUUGGGUAGAAAAUGAAACAGAAAUAGAUGAAUUGAAUUUACCAUCUACCAAUUUUGUCAUAGCACAUGAGUUUUUCGAUGCUUUACCUAUAAAGUCGUUUCAAAAAACUGAAUUCGGUUGGAGAGAGUUUAUGGUGGAACAUUCACCUUCAGUUGAAAACCAUCAAGUGAAAUUACCUUCUUCAGAAACUGAUGAUGAAAGAUAUGAUAACGAAUUUCAUUUAACAUUGUCACCAAAGGAAACCCCAUCAUCAAAAAUUCCCGAAUUGUCCACUCGUUUUAAGGAUUUACCCAUUGGAUCGAGGAUUGAAAUUUCUCCCGAUUCAGAACUAUUCAUCACUAAAAUCGCCAGUCUUAUAGACAACCAAUCAAAUACUGGUGGUGCACUUGUUAUCGAUUAUGGAGUGGUUGGUAGCGUCCCUGAUGUAACUUUGAGAGGAAUCUAUCAACAUAAAUUUGUUUCUCCGUUCUUCAAACCUGGAGAGGUAGAUUUAUCAAUCGACGUCGACUUCGAUCAUCUAUGUCAUGUAGCUUCAACUUAUACCCAGAUCUUAGGGCCCGUCACUCAAGGGGAUUGGUUACAUGAGAUGGGAGUCGGUCAUAGAAUCAAUCAAUUGAUCAAUUCUGCCAAACCUGAAGAACAACAAAAGAUUUAUGAUGCUUAUGUGAGAUUGACCGAUAAUGAACAAAUGGGAUCUGUAUAUAAAUUCAUGGGACUUGUUCCUAAGAAAUGUGAAAUACCAUUAGGGUUCAUGAAAUUGAGUUACUAG